AUGUCGUCGGUGUUCAGCGGCGAUGAGACGGCGCCCUUCUUCGGCUUCCUCGGCGCCGCCGCCGCGCUCGUCUUCUCAUGCAUGGGGGCGGCCUACGGGACGGCCAAGAGCGGGGUCGGGGUGGCGUCCAUGGGGGUCAUGCGGCCAGAGCUCGUCAUGAAGUCCAUCGUGCCCGUCGUCAUGGCGGGUGUGCUCGGAAUCUACGGCCUCAUCAUCGCCGUCAUCAUCAGCACCGGGAUCAACCCCAAGGCCAAGCCCUACUUCCUCUUCGACGGCUACGCUCACCUCUCCUCCGGGCUCGCCUGUGGCCUCGCGGGGCUCGCCGCCGGCAUGGCCAUUGGCAUUGUCGGUGAUGCUGGAGUCAGAGACGUGGCUACUCCCUUUGUGAUUAGUUUAUUAAUGUUGAUAUUGGUAGUAGCAUGUAUUUCUACAAAGCGAGAAUUAUUUCUUUCGUUAUUUUUAGCCUGGGUAAUUAAGAACGAAAUCUCCUAG